AUGGCCGCGGAACAGGUUCGCCGUGCUUUCCAGGACGAGACUGUCAAAACCGAGCUUUUCCGACUCUUGGAGGCAGAGCCCUUCGCUGAAGGUCUGCUGUUGGAGCACUAUCCGGAGCUGCUGCGGGAAUGGCGCGCAAUUUCUGAUGCCAUGCAAGUUCCGUGGCAAUAUGUCAUGGUCUGCGAGCUCUCGCUUGCAUCGUUUUGCAGCCCCACUGCCGUGCUCUUUCCCUGGAACACCUUGCGGGUGUAUCCCGUUCUUUGGUGGUUCCUUCUUCAUCCUGGGGCAUUCAACACCAGUGGCGUCAUCCGGCUGUACUCCGAGGUUUGGCACCUCUUGGAGCAGGACAUCAAUGGCGCUCGCGCGCAAUUGCGUGAUCAAUGGCAGGGCCAAGGUAACCAGCGCAACCCUUUUGCUGGGUCGGUCAGUGCCACAAGUGGCUCCGGAUCCUUGGAAGGCGAGGGAAAGCUGAUGGCGCUGCCUCAAAACCUCUCCCGCAGCUGCGGCUUCCUACCCGAAGGCAAGCGGCUGCUGCAAUGGCUGAAGAACGAGGGCGCCAUUAAUGAGUCCAUCGUCGUGGAGUUGUUUGAACGCAGUCGGUGGAAGAGGUCAACCGUGAACGCAGAGCGGACUUUCGUGGUCUCCUUCCCGUUCUUCCUCGCCUCUGGCGCCCUGCACAUCGAGGACGUGUUGGAGCUGUAUGUCUCCGGCGAUCCGUUGGGGAUCCGAGGGCGCCUUGGUCUGUUCUAUGCCCGGGCGACUUUCAAACGAGCCCGGGAGGUUGAAGCGGCGGCUGCAGCGAUUUCAGCGGAGAGGUAUGGUCUCGAAAAACGUCUUCGGGAACGUUUUGCCCGGGCCUGGCGCGCACAUGACCCUUUGCAUGCUGCCCCAGCGCAUCUGUUCGAGGACCAUGCGGGCUACCAGUGGCGGGUCUACACCCUAGCACCCGAGGCCUUGCGAGACUUCGAAGCCCGCUUUGAUUAUCACACUCAGCAGCAGGAAGCGGCACACCUGCAGCGAUUGGCGGAAAGCCACUUUCAUUCCAAAGCAAAAACCAAGCAUCUCCGCCAUGCCCUCGCUCUGCAUCUCUGCGAGGAAAGCCGCCUUGGCCAUGCCGUGAAUGAGUGGAACACUGUCGUUCCUUUACCUGCAAUGUUGGUGGGACGUGCUUUGUCCGAUUACAUGGACAAGUGUGAUAGAACUGUGGCUGACUUCGUCGCCGAUGUCCUGCAGCGAGGUGAUGCAGCCCCAAAACCGUCUGUGGGCGGGGGUGGCCGUGCCACUGUGCGGCAACAACUGCUUGCGGUCUUGGCCACCAACCAGGGCCACUUGGAACAGCUUCAGCCUCCACGAAUUCACCCUGUUUUGGAAAUCAUGCGAGCGGUCCUGCGUGCUCGGCAUCCUUGGAUCGAGUCGGGGAAUAUUCUGAAAGUUGCCAGCUGCAAAAAUGCGUUGCGAACCUUCGGCAGCCCAGAGCAGCUGCAAUUGUAUUGCCUCGCCGCAAAAGCCUUGUACUUUGCAGGCUUUGGCUUUGCCGGCAUGGGUACCAAUUCCCACGGUACACCAGUGAUCUGGUUCAGGAAGCGUCCAUUGGAGGUGGGCAGUGGCAGCUACGCCAUCUCGGUGAAUAUCUUGACUGCCCUUGGCCUUGGGGUUGGAGAGUAUGUCGGUGCGAACUUGGAUGCGGAGCGCCCCAGCACGGCUCCGGCUGCGGACAUGCCGCCUCAACCUGAAGAUAUGGCUGCUUUCUUAGCAAAACUCCAAGGCCUAAUUCAGCGACAGAAUGCAGCGGAGUAA